CAAUAAUUCCAAAACCAGGAAUAUUACUGUCAAACUCAAAACCUCUGGAACUCGCGCAAAGACGCACCAUUUCCCUUCAAACUGAAAGGCUGAGCGGUUGACACACUUUUUCGCUUUGAGAAAGAGAGAAACAGAGACUGUACACUCCUGAAUCCUGACCAACCACACGAUACUUUCCUCUCCGUCGAAACCCAGAAUUGCAUUUUCGAUUGAAGCCAGAAACCAGAAGAAAAAUCACCAAGAAAAUGGUGGAUUUUGCUCGGGUUCAGAAGGAGCUGCAAGAGUGCAACCGGGAUUUUCAGGUAUCAGGAAUAAAGGUUAUGCCGAAGGGCGAAGCCAACCUGGCUCACUUGCUUGGUACUAUCCCCGGUCCGAUUGGUACUCCCUACGAAGGCGGCACCUUCAAGAUCGACAUCACUUUGCCUGCAGUCAAACUGCCGGUUUUUCCAAUAUAUGUAGUGAGUGAGUGCUACCAAUUGGUGUUUAGCUGGACAAAAGAACUUCUUACUUUUUUUCUCUGUGCAGAUGGUUACCCCUUUGAGCCUCCAAAAAUGAAGUUUGCCACUAAAGUAUGGCAUCCUAAUAUAAGCAGCCAAAGUGGAGCAAUAUGCUUGGAUAUACUGAAAGACCAGUGGAGCCCAGCACUGACUUUGAAAACGGCACUCCUUUCUAUCCAAGCAUUACUUUCAGCUCCUGAACCUGAUGAUCCCCAAGAUGCCGUGGUAGCACAACAGUAUCUCAGAGACUACCAGACAUUUCUGGGAACAGCUCGUUAUUGGACAGAAGCAUUUGCAAUGACAUCGUCUCUUGGUGUUGAGGAAAAGGUGCAAAAGCUCGUGGAGAUGGGAUUUCCUGAAGAUUUAGUAAGAACUACAUUGGAGAAUGUUGGCGGUGAUGAAAACUUGGCUCUUGAGAAGCUUUGCUCUACUUGAUACUCACUGCAGCAAUGGAGUCUACAUGCUAUACAAAACAGUAAAACAGUACUAUAUAAAGACAUCAUGCUCUUGGCCCGUUUUCCACUUUCAAUAUCUCUAACCGACAGUUUCUUUCUGAA